UGGAGUUGCCUCCCAGCGUCCCCGGAGUGGUUAGGCUCCGCCAAACAUGUCGGCUCCGGUCGGGCCGCGGGGCCGCCCGGCUCCCACCCCGGCGGCCUCUCAGCCGCCUCUGCAGCCCGAGAUGCCGGACCUCAGCCACCUCACGGAGGAGGAGAGGAAAAUCAUCCUGGCUGUCAUGGAUCGGCAGAAGAAAGAAGAGGAGAAGGAGCAGUCAGUGCUCAAGGUCAAAGAAGAACACAAACCACAACCGACACAGUGGUUUCCCUUUAGUGGGAUCACUGAACUGGUAAAUAACGUUCUUCAGCCCCAGCAAAAACAACAAAAUGAAAAGGAGCCCCAGACAAAACUUCAUCAGCAGUUUGAAAUGUAUAAGGAACAGGUAAAGAAGAUGGGAGAAGAAUCACAGCAGCAGCAAGAGCAGAAGGGUGAUGCUCCAACAUGUGGUAUCUGCCACAAAACAAAGUUUGCUGAUGGAUGUGGCCAUAACUGUUCAUAUUGCCAAACAAAGUUCUGUGCGCGUUGUGGAGGUCGAGUGUCAUUACGCUCAAACAAGGAGGACAAAGUGGUUAUGUGGGUAUGUAAUUUGUGCCGAAAACAACAAGAAAUCCUCACUAAGUCAGGAGCGUGGUUUUAUAAUAGUGGAUCUAAUACACCACAGCAGCCUGAUCAAAAGGCUCUCCGAGGACUGCGGAAUGAGGAGGCGCCUCAGGAGAAGAAAGCAAAACUGCAUGAGCAGGCCCAGUUCCAAGGACCCUCAGGUGACUUAUCUGUCCCUGCAGUGGAGAAAAGUCGAUCUCAUGGGCUCACAAGACAGGAUUCUAUUAAAAAUGGGUCAGGAGUGAAGCACCAAAUUGCCAGUGACAUAGCUUCAGACAGGAAAAGAAGUCCAUCAUUGUCCAGAGAUCAGAAGAGAAGAUACGACCAAAGGGAAGAAAGAGAGGAAUAUUCACAGUAUGCUACUUCAGAUAGCGCAAUGCCUAGAUCUCCGUCAGAUUAUGCUGAUAGGCGGUCUCAACGUGAACCUCAGUUUUAUGAAGAAUCUGAUCAUAUAAGUUAUAGGGACUCCAACAGGAGAAGCCAUAAGCAUUCCAAAGAAUAUAUUGUAGAUGAUGAAGAUGUGGAGAGCAGAGAUGAAUAUGAAAGACAAAGGAGAGAGGAGGAAUACCAGGCACGCUAUCGAAGUGAUCCAAAUUUGGCCCGCUAUCCAGUAAAGCCACAGCCCUACGAAGAACAAAUGCGUAUUCAUGCCGAAGUGUCCAGAGCACGGCAUGAGAGAAGGCAUAGUGAUGUCUCUUUGGCAAAUGCUGAACUGGAGGAUUCCAGGAUUUCUAUGCUAAGGAUGGAACGACCAUCAAGGCAAAGAUCUGUAUCUGAACGUAGGGCUGCCAUGGAAAAUCAGCGAUCUUACUCAAUGGAAAGAACUCGAGAGGCUCAGGGACCAAGUUCUUAUCCACAAAGGACCACAAACCAUAGUCCUCCUACCCCCCGGAGGAGUCCAAUACCCAUUGAUAGACAAGAUAUGAGGCGUACAGACUCACUAAGGAAACAACACCACUUAGAUCCUAGCUCUGCUGUCAGGAAAACGAAACGGGAAAAAAUGGAAACCAUGUUAAGGAAUGAUUCUCUAAGUUCCGACCAGUCAGAGUCUGUGAGACCUCCACCACCAAAGCCUCAUAAAUCAAAGAAAGGAGGUAAAAUGCGCCAGGUUUCAUUGAGCAGUUCAGAGGAGGAAUUAGCUUCCACACCUGAAUAUACAAGUUGUGAUGAUGUCGAGAUUGAAAGUGAGAGUGUAAGUGAGAAAGGGGACAGUCAAAAGGGAAAAAGAAAAACUAGUGAGCAGGCAGUUUUGUCGGACUCUAACACCAGGUCUGAGAGACAAAAGAAAAUGAUGUACUUUGGUGGCCACUCUUUGGAAGAAGAUUUGGAAUGGUCUGAGCCUCAAAUUAAGGACUCUGGGGUAGAUACCUGUAGUAGCACAACCCUUAACGAGGAGCAUAGCCAUAGUGAUAAGCACCCUGUGACAUGGCAGCCAUCUAAAGAUGGAGAUUGUUUAAUUGGUCGUAUUUUAUUAAACAAACGUCUAAAAGAUGGAAGUGUACCUCGAGAUUCAGGAGCAAUGCUUGGCUUGAAGGUUGUAGGAGGUAAGAUGACUGAAUCAGGUCGGCUCUGUGCAUUUAUUACCAAAGUGAAAAGAGGAAGUUUAGCGGAUACUGUAGGACAUCUUAGACCAGGUGAUGAAGUGUUAGAAUGGAAUGGAAGGCUAUUGCAAGGAGCCACCUUUGAAGAAGUAUACAACAUCAUUCUGGAAUCCAAACCUGAACCACAAGUGGAGCUUGUUGUUUCAAGGCCUAUUGGAGAUAUACCGAGAAUACCUGACAGCACACACGCACAGCUGGAGUCUAGUUCUAGUUCAUUCGAAUCUCAAAAAAUGGAUCGUCCUUCGAUUUCCGUGACCUCUCCCAUGAGUCCUGGCAUGCUGAGAGACGCUCCACAGUUCUUAUCUGGACAGCUUGCAAGCCAAAGCCUUAGUAGAAGAACAACGCCUUUUGUUCCUAGGGUUCAGAUAAAACUAUGGUUUGACAAGGUUGGUCACCAGUUAAUAGUUACAAUUUUGGGAGCAAAGGAUCUCCCUUCCAGGGAAGAUGGGAGGCCAAGGAAUCCUUAUGUUAAAAUUUACUUUCUUCCAGACAGAAGUGAUAAAAACAAGAGAAGAACUAAAACUGUAAAGAAAACAUUGGAACCCAAAUGGAACCAAACAUUCAUUUAUUCUCCAGUCCACCGAAGAGAAUUUCGGGAACGAAUGCUGGAAAUUACCCUUUGGGAUCAAGCUCGAGUUCGAGAGGAAGAAAGCGAAUUCUUAGGAGAGAUUUUGAUUGAGUUAGAAACAGCAUUGUUAGAUGACGAGCCGCACUGGUACAAACUUCAGACCCACGACAUCUCCUCGUUGCCACUCCCCCGUCCUUCCCCACACAUGCCACGGCGACAGCUCCACGGAGAGAGCCCCACACGGAGGCUGCAAAGGUCAAAAAGAAUCAGUGAUAGCGAAGUGUCUGACUAUGACUGUGAUGAUGGAAUUGGUGUAGUAUCAGAUUAUCGUCACAAUGGUCGAGAUCUUCAAAGCUCAACAUUAUCAGUGCCAGAACAAGUAAUGUCAUCAAACCAUUGUUCACCAUCAGGGUCUCGCCACCGAGUAGAUGUUAUAGGAAGGACUAGAUCAUGGUCACCCAGUGUCCCUCCUCCACAAAGUCGGAAUGUGGAGCAGGGACUCCGAGGGACACGCUCUACUACCGGACAUUAUAACACUGUUAGCCGGAUGGAUAGGCAUCGUGUCAUGGAUGACCACUAUUCUCCGGAUAGAGACAGUCAUUUUCUUACUCUACCUCGCUCCAGACACAGUCAGACCAUUGAACGUCAUCACAGGGACGGCAGGGAUUGUGAAGCAGCAGAUAGACAGCCAUAUCACAGAUCCAGAUCAACAGAACAGCGGCCUCUGCUAGAGCGGACCACCACCCGCUCCAGAUCCACUGAGCGUCCCGACACAAACCUCAUGAGGUCGAUGCCUUCAUUAAUGACGGGAAGAUCUGCCCCUCCUUCACCUGCCUUAUCGAGGUCUCAUCCUUGUACUGGGUCUGUUCAGACAAGCCCAUCAAGCACUCCAGUGGCAGGACGAAGGGGCCGGCAGCUUCCACAACUUCCACCAAAGGGAACACUGGAGAGAAACAAUGGAGUCAAGGAGAUAGAACCUUAUGAAGAAGUUACAUGGGAAGACGAACAGAAAAAGGUGAAUGGUACAGUAAUUGAUGACAUACCAUUGCCGCAAAAGAAACACCAAUCUGAGCCAGGUGCUAUGGAUAUAGAGGAGAGAAACCGCCAAAUGAAAAUUAACAAAUACAAACAGGUAGCCGGAUCAGAUUCCAGACUGGAACAAGAGUACCAUUCAAAGUAUCGAUCAGGAUGGGAUCCUCAUAGAGGGGCAGAUAAUAUUUCCACUAAAUCUUCGGACAGUGAUGUAAGUGAUAUAUCUGCGGUUUCAAGGACUAGUAGUGCUUCUCGUUUCAGCAGCACAAGCUACAUGUCUGUCCAAUCAGAACGGCCAAGAGGAAACAAGAAAAUCAGGCCAAAGGGAGUAGCAGAGGGAGGGAAAGAAGGGGAUAAGCACGAAGAGAUAGUUCAUGAGGAGGAAGAGGUAAAGCAAGAAAGAAUUGAUGAGAAUGAGAAAGGGACAGAGGUUACAAAUACGUCCAAUGAGAAAAACAGAGAAGCGGGAGAUGAGGAACAACCGCAAGAUACACCUGAGCCAGGGAAAGACAAAGGCCAGUGGAGUAAAGAGGAUCUGCAAAGGCGAUUCUCACAAAACGGUGACAGUGUCUUUACAUCCAAAAUGCAAAGCAGACAAAUGGGCAUCUCGGGGAAGAACAUGACUAAAAGCACCAGCAUCAGCGGAGACAUGUGCUCUCUGGAGAGGAACGACGGCAGCCAGUCGGACACUGCGGUGGGCGCCUCGGGCACCGGCGGCCAAAAGCGGCGCUCCAGCAUUGGGGCCAAAAUGGUAGCUAUUGUGGGGCUCUCGCGGAAGAGUCGCAGCGCUUCUCAGCUCAGCCAAACCGAAGCAGGGGGCAAGAAGCUGCGGAGCACCGUGCAGAGGAGCACAGAAACGGGCCUGGCGGUGGAAAUGAGGAACUGGAUGACGCGGCAGGCGAGCCGGGAGUCCACCGAUGGCAGCAUGAACAGCUACAGCUCGGAAGGAAAUCUGAUUUUCCCCGGGGUCCGCCUGGCCUCUGACAGCCAGUUCAGUGACUUUCUGGAUGGCCUCGGCCCUGCCCAGCUGGUGGGGCGUCAGACUCUGGCUACGCCUGCAAUGGGUGACAUCCAGGUGGGAAUGAUGGACAAGAAGGGACAGUUGGAGGUGGAGAUCAUUCGGGCCCGUGGCCUUGUUGUAAAACCAGGUUCCAAGACACUGCCAGCACCGUACGUGAAGGUGUAUCUGCUCGAUAACGGAGUCUGCGUAGCCAAAAAGAAAACAAAAGUGGCAAGAAAAACGCUGGAACCCCUAUACCAGCAGCUGUUGUCUUUCGAAGAAAGCCCCCAAGGGAAGGUUUUACAGAUCAUUGUCUGGGGAGACUAUGGCCGCAUGGAUCACAAAUCUUUUAUGGGAGUGGCCCAGAUACUUUUGGAUGAACUGGAGCUAUCCAAUAUGGUGAUUGGAUGGUACAAACUUUUCCCCCCUUCCUCCCUGGUAGAUCCAACCUUGGCCCCUCUGACGAGAAGAGCUUCCCAAUCGUCUCUGGAAAGUUCAACCGGACCUUCUUACUCUCGUUCAUAGCAGCUGUAAAACUGUUGUCAUAGCAACCAGCGUUACAAAAAAAAAUCACAGGUCGCUAACCCUGGUAACACUGCAUGCUUAAUGUUGUGUCUUCUGAGCCCGUUUCUAGGGAUACAAAGCGAUCCUGUGUUCUCAGAGGAAGUCGCACACAUUGUGCCCUACAGAAGGCCCUCAGGUGAAAGAGCAGAGCUAUGAAGAACUGUCAGGUCUGGAGUUCAGUUAACACUCAAAUUUUGGUCCAAUCUGAAGCCAUGGAUUAAUCUCAAAGAAUCAGUCAGUUUCAUGCAACAAAAGCCCUUUUCAAUGGCACCUUUAUAUUUUUAUCGUUCCUUUUUCUUCAUUUCUCUUGACCCCAAAGCCCUGCUAUGCCACACAAACGGAGCUCUACAGCCACUAAGCCAUGUUACAGGUCAAGGAGCAAAGUCCUAGGAAGCAUCAGGUGAAAAGCAGGAGACCAAAGAAGUGGUCCGGGACAAACCGUCAGCCCUCCCCUGGACGGCGACCAGGAGCAGCCGGGCCGGCGUGAGCGGCGGCCGGCACCAGAGCUCCAGCGGGCGCGUCAUUCUGUAACGCCAGGACGUGUGGGACACUGGGAAACAGAACUCCGUGGCGACACUGUACUGAAUGAAAUUAAUGAACCUUUUUUUGCAUGGACACAGAUUAGCUGAAUACUUAAAUUAUUUUCUUGGGGCUGCAACUUGCAAAAAAAAUAAAAAUCAGCCAUUUUCAACAAUUUAUAUUAUUUUUAAAAGUAAAUUUCACUAAUGCAUGGUUUUAAAAAGGGGAGAGAAUGCAACAGGGUGAUACAAAGACACACCAUGUUUAUUCUUUAAACUAUAAAUCACAGUCUGUGUUUUGGCAGACAUUACAAAUGAAAAUACUUUCUAGAAAAUACUUAAAAUUCUCUUUAUGUGACAAAUAAGUAUAUAUUCAAUUUCUUCCACGUUAAAUAUACAAAUCUAAUGAAGUUCAAUAUGUGCAAAUUGUCCACAUCUUUUUUCCCCUCCUCCCUCUCUUAAUCUUUUAUUUUCUUUCUCCCUACCAGAGUGAACAUUAUAUUAAAAAAUGGCGAGUUUUUGACCUGAUACUCUCUGUACCCCACUUUUGAUUCAGAGCUGUAGAUGCUUCUGAAUUCACAAAUUUCUCAAGGGAAACAAUAUUUAAGAGCUUUCUUUCUUUCAAGCAUGUUGGGAAGGAUUUUGCAACAUGACUUGGGAGUGCAUUAAAGUAAGUCAGCAUGUGUUUGAGAAAGAAGACAUUUGAACUUUUGCAAUCUAUGGUACAGUGCAUGGUGAUUUUAUUUUCACCUUCACAAUUUAGUUUACAGGAAAAUUCUAAGUUCACGUGGCCAUGGUAAUGUCUAAUACAUUUGUUUUUAGCACCAGCAUCAUUCAUACAGGGGUCAAAGCAUUAUUUCUAGACAGGCUUAGGUUGCGUUUUUUAAUUAAUUAAAGCAAUUUCUUGAGCCGUUUUCCAUUUACUGUGUGAAUAGAAACACCGCUAAAACUCUGGAGCCCCGAGACACGGCUGUUUAUUAAUUCAUUUUUCUGUAGCAAAUUCAAUUUUGCACAAGUUAUAUUUCUAAAGAAAUGUAGUAAACAGGAAUUUACAACCAAUCAUUUUAAGGCUCCAAUUUUUGGGCGACUCGAAGAAAGUCAAUCUGCCUAUUAGUUCUUUGAAGCCAUCACAGAAAGUCUACGCACAAAUCCCCCCAAAGUCAGACCCCAGCCUUUGAGUUUACAGACAGUCGUUACCACCAUCAGGGGGUGCUGCAAGGUCAGAUUUCUCUUGCGUUCCCUUGUUUAGAGGAAAAGCUGCUGGUGAACGUGAUACGCCGCCCACCCUUUCUGUUUCUUCGUGUACACUGUGAUAGCAUGUUCCCACAAGUUGAUUUGCGUUUCUUGCGAUAACUUUUGAAAUCCACAUACCAUUUCUUGAAACCAACGCCAUGCACAAAAACUGCUUUUUCUUUUCCUUUUUAAAUUCAGUGCUGACCAUUAAAAACUAUCAUGCCUGAUAUGGUGCAAAAGUUAAAAUGAGUAUCACGAAAAAUGCCUUCUCUUUAUGUGGUGCAAUAUGAACUCACCGAGACUGUGUCUUGGCAUUCUGAGAUCGGUGAUGGCCCCGGGGAAAGCUGAUCGAAGAGUGAGUAAAACUUCACUGAAAUAAUUUAGACACUUGUGUACCAGCAACAAUUGGUUUAAUAGACCUGUAGUGUCUAUACUCUCCCUUAGAAUAAACGUUUACCAUUUUCCUGAUACUAAGGCACAGUCACAUAAUCUUUUGUGCAUAUUCCUAUAUAAAUUAUUUCUAAUUUUAAUAAGAAGGACAUGACUGUAUGGAAUAUUUGUACAUACUCGUCAUUAUGCAGUAUUUAUUUAAAAGUUGGUGUUUUUUUUAAUUUUCACAUGUCUGUACCUCGACUUGUGGUUUAGUCGUGUAAAUAGCACCGCUCCGGCGACCACCGCUGCCCUGUACAUAGUGUGUUUGAAAAGUAAAGGGAAUUCCAGUUGGGGAAAAAAAAAGGGCAGAUUAGUCCUGUAACGAACACCAACUAAUGUAAAUCAAAUUCAUUCUGGUGAUGGUAUUUAACACUUUAAAUAAAACAUUUUCUUUACA